ACGCCAACGGUAGUUUGGUGCAGUCAGAGGUUGCAGUUAGUCGUGUAAUUUAUACAUUUCAUUCUCGCGCUGAAUUUACGUCUUUGAAAUCGCGGCGUCUGUGAAAUAAAAAAACAACAGUUACGAGGUUUUUAUAAAUUAACGUUGCUACAAGAAUGAUUUAUUUCAAUGAAGAUGCAAUAGGUCUACUCUUCUAAAGUGUAUUUUCUCGUGAUUCGCGUUGUGUCCUGUGUCAUUGUUUGUAAAUGGAUAAAUGUGUGUUUAAAUAGAUUAUGGAAGGAUGUUUUUGACAACAACAAACUACAAUCGCCUUGUUUUUUUAUAAUUUAUGGGAUUUUGUUACUGGUUCGCAGUAGCAGUGUAAUGGUGCCCGCGACACUGCUCCUCCUAGCUGUUGCACUGUGCAGCGCUGGCACUCUAGACUCGGAGUUAGGCGUUGGCAAAUCUAUCAAUAUCUUUAUGAGAUAUGGCUACCUCAGUAUCUGCAUGCGAGUGGUUCCUCGCAAUGACACAGAAGGUUGGGUGUUCAGAGAGCCCACCGUUAGUGUGUUUCGUGAUGUCGACAAAUAUGCGGUCGCCCAAAACACUGGAGUCGCCAAGUCACUCUUCGAUGGUGACUUCCAUAUGCAGUUCUGCGAUAACUUGAAACAGCUACUUCAAGCUUACUUCAGGGAUUUUACAUUUGAAAGGCUUGAGAGACCCUGGCGCGCCUUCACAGCUGGCUGGCCCACUGAUAUUAUGGCUCGCAAUCUGGGUAUCAACUCAUCCUUCAUCAACGGAGACCACUGCUACGUCCUCGUGAGAGUAUCUCGGUUUCGCGAGACAGCCAAGCUGAGUGACCUCCCACCGAACAUCCCCGUGGAAGAUGUGGUGUUCGAUGCCAUCGAUGACACAAAUAUCGGAGACACUGUCUCCAUCGCAGACUUCAUCAGGAAAUAUGGAUCGCAUUAUAUCUCCUCAUAUAUUACCGGCAACUCUCUCUACCAGGUAUUCGUGUUUUCUCGCGGCGUGUAUUCGCGGAUCAAAGAGCGCGUGAAGUCGCGUGGUGUAUCCGAUAUUCCAGUGAGCGAGAUGAACAAUUUUUUCUCGCCAUUAUUCGCCGAACAAGUUGGCGAUGUGAAGGUGUUUGUGUUCUCUAGAACCGCAUACUCUAUGAUCAAAGAGAGACUUAAAAGCAAGGGCGUGGGCGACAUCACGGCUAAAGAGCUAGAAGGCUACUUCUCACCGUGGCAGGCCAAGCAUAUUGGCCAAAUAAAGGUGGCAAGCGGCAAUAAAACUGUUGAAAGCUGGGCGAUGAAACGCCUGAGGGUGCAUUACUACAUAUUUUCAUAUCCAAGUCUACUUAAACUACACGGGGAACCCUCGUUAUUGAAAAACCUAGACACAUUACUAGGAAACGAGGCCUUAUUACAAUUAGAAUUAAAGACAUUAUCGCCUGCAUUCAAAGACGUAAAGAAAAAACAGUGGUUCGAAGAAGUGAUAGACAAUUAUUUAAAACUUUGGGAAAGUAAUAUGUGAUAUAGAUAAUUUUUGUAGUCAUUAUUAGAACUGUUAUAAGAAAUAGUGCAAUUAAUAUAAGUCUACUGAAAUAUGUCCGUCCGAGUGUCCUAUAAGGCAGGUCUUUUUAUCCCACUUCUGACUACCCAAUAUUGUGUACAUAAAAAAAUCUUAAAUCUUGUAACUGUAUUAUUCUUUCAGUGCACAAAUAAGUACAAUACUUAUAUUUUUUUGUAUUUUUAUAUAUUGUGAUUUUAUAGUGAAUGUGCCUUGUUGAGUGUAAUAAUUAUAUUAAAUAGUAUUUAUUAAAGUAUUGUUAUAAAGAUACGUAUUAUGUUUGAAAUCUGAAAUUUUAACAUGAAUCUAGGAUGCUAUCAGUAAUUAUAAAAUAUUAAGUAGAUUCUACCAAACAUUGUUGCUAAACAAAAACACGGUCUCAAACACUAGAGAUUUUAAAAUUGUAUACCGUACCCUGUAACCAUAUUUGGUACGGACCCUAGUCUUCUCGAUAUUUUCGUACGGCGCUGAGACUUGGACACUGAAAGCUACAGACCGCAAACGCAUUGACGCCUUUGAGAUGUGCUGCUGGAGAAAGAUGCUCCGUAUCCCCUGGACAGCAUUUCGACUGAAUCUCUCCAUACUGCGUGAACUCAGGAUCUCCUCGCGAUUGUCUUCCGAAUGUCUGCGCAGAGUUUUAGAAUAUUUCGGUCACAUCGCAAGGAAGGACGAUGGAAACCUUGAGAGGCUCAUUGUGGUCGGCAAAAUAGAUGGGAAGAGGCCACGUGUCCAACACGAUGGUCCGACCAGAUGCGCUCCGCCCUCGACUCUACGGUUCACAAUGCCUUUCACACCGCCAGAGACAGGAAUAGAUGGAGAGCGAUCAUACGUGAGAAAGUGAUACAGGGGGGUGGUCACGGCCCUCAGUACUGAGGAUUACGACGCAGGGAGGAGGAACCAUAUUUACACCGGAAUCCACAUCCUUCUAAGUAUAACACAAUUUAAUAUUCAUUCGUUUUGCUGAUAGCAUCCAAUCUAAAAAUAGUGCAAUAAAAAUAUUUUGUCAUCAUACAUUAAACAGUGCAUUUAGAAAUGAAAAGAAUUGUGAUGUAAAUAUUAAUUUUAUGGUUUUAAAAAAUAAAUUGUUGUAUGACUUUA